ACAUACUGUUUAUCGAAAAAAAAUUCAAUUAAUGAAGAGAUAAAAAAGGGUUUUCUAGUUUAAUGUGUGAAUGAACUUGAAACUUGGGUAAAAAAAAAUCUUACUUGGCCGUGAUUGACUUUGGAUGGAUCGAUGCUACUGCCCACAUUUGGAGACGAAAGUAUUUGGUCAUUUUCAGAUUGAGCAUACGUACUGUUUAUCUGACGGUGAAUGGUCAAAGUCGUUCAUAAAAGUUGGCAAUGUCAGAGAUAUAGCCGCCUAGCGGUGAGGACUCUCGCCAAACCAUGGAGAGAUAUGCUAUAACGCACAGAAAGCACCAUGGAAGGAAGUUCAUACAAAGCCGGAUGGUACAUCCAAAAAUAUUAAAAAAAAAUGCGCUGUGGGUAAUCAAAGGUCUCAAGCCUUAAAGAUGUCCUUUGCUUAGUUAAGAUUGGUGCGAUUGUAAAAUGGAGAUAAUGAAUCUCAAAUAAUUCGUCGCAGCGCUCCCAGUGCAUUAUCAAGUAAAAACACCAUGCGAGACUCAUUUAUUGAUUGCAUACACGUGCGAACGAGCUCAUAGUCCAACUGCUGUCUUCAGUUCAGUGGUUACUGCAGUGAUUCUCAACCACUGUUCCGCGGCACUUUUGUGUGCCGCCAAAUUUUGGGAAUAUAUGUUAAUAUUAUUAAAUUAUAUCAUUUUAAAAGAAAAAUAUUUUAAACAUGAAUAUAUAUUUAAAUCCACAAAAAAGAAUUAUAGUACAUUUUAGUUUAUUUCGUAUAUUAAAAUUUUUUUGAUAAACUAUUUAUGCAGUGUGUUGUAGUAAGUAAAUAAUUUUUAUCUUUUUUUUGUGUGCCGCCAAAUUUUGAAAUCGUUAAAUAUGUGCCGCAAUAAAAAAAAGGUUGAGAAUCACUGGGUUACUGUGUGCUUAGUGCGAGUUUUUAACGUUCUCGAUAACGUAAAAGUUAAUCCAAUUUUGUAUGCAGUUGGAAUAGCGCCCCUAGCGGCAAACGUAUGCAAACGAUCCCAUUCCAUACAAAUAUGAGGUAACUUUUACGCUAUCGAGAACGUUAAAAAACUCGCACUAAGCACACUGGAGCCCAUAGUCAUUACAACGUAAAUGUCGCCGCCGCCGCGCCGUCAUGACAUGAGAUCGGAGUCUCGAUAUUAUAACGCCGCCACACCUUACAAACCGAAACGAAUGACUGUUUCGCACAGAAUGGCGAUACCAAUUCAAUAACAAUGCUGAGUUCUCUUCUUCAUCGUUCCCUCGCUACUGAUUGCGACCACAUGUGACUUUCUUCCAUAGUAUUUGGUCGUGGGUAACAUGGACCACAUGGUAUAGACUACCAACAACCGCUUUCGUAACCAGAUCUGAGCUGGCGUUCUGUCCACGGCGCGCGUCUUCUGCCUGGUGAAACCUAGUAGUUAAUAGCCUGGAGCUAUUCCAUAUAUUCACGGACCAGUAGGAUGGCAUACGGGUUGAACAACAAUGACUCUAGCAAGAGCAGUGCUUCGCUGAAUCUACCACCGGAUCAGAAUCGCGACCCAUAAAGAAGAUCCGACGAGAAACUCAAGCACAAAACCUGUUGUUAUUUAAGCGUCCUGAAAAGCGCCCGUGGCUGUAAUUCAUCAGGUGGUCCGACACUCGUAAAUAUUUUUUAGAUUUUUUUAUUGUUUAGAUUGGUGGACGAGCACGCGGCCCACCUGGUGCUAAGUAGUUACUGGAGCCCAAAGACAUCAACAAUCUAAAUGUCGCCACACAUCUUGAAACAUGAGUUCUAAGUCUCAGUUUUUAAACCGCAGGCCACGACGGCUUCAAAGUCGAACUCUCUCUAGUUCAAGUUGUCUGGAGGAGAUCGCUAUGAACGUUAAGUACGUCAUGCUCAUUGUUUGUUCGUUAAGUUUUACUUAUGUUUAAUUCUAUGUUGUGUAUGUAUACAAUGAAGUUGUAUGUAAAUAAAUAAAACACUUUAGAUGCAAUAGUGGUAAAUGCGUUACGUACACGAAUAGUUUGUAGAUAUGCCUAGUGUUUAGAUUUGCUUGGCUACUUUACUUCCUAUCUUCAAGUGAACGCAAUACGUUUAGUUCAGCUUCAUAGCUGAGACACUGAGGGAUAUUUUUUGUCGUACCAUUCCGCCUCGCUACCAACAUUAAUAUAGGUAGCACGCCCGGUAUAGACGCUCCAAGGUCUGAGCGCAUAUUAUAUCUUCAAGUCUAGACUGUCGUUGGUCUCGACGCGUUUCUAUUAAUGUCAAACAAUCAUCACGAAUGCCAUGCUCUAACGAUAUUAUGAAUACCCCAACAUAAUGCUUAUAACAAUAAUUACUUAAUUAACAUAAGCAAUUAAUUCGGCUAAUUGAGUAAACUGUAAGCAAAUAUUAUCAUACGUGCUGUAAAAUACUCUUCAGACAAGGAUUUCUUUAAGAGCUUACAUAGAAGUUCUUGUGUUGUUUAGUUGCGCCGACUGGUCGGAAUAACCGGUCAAUAUGCAACGAGGUCGGUUCAGGUAGGCGUCCUCGAGGGUCAGGUAGAGGUGACUGGCGAACAGUACAGAACGAGAUAUGGGGAGGUGUCAGGCGGCGUCGCUGAUGUCAGUGGAAGCGGCGAGCGGCAACUCUCCCGACGGCGACAGCGGACGCACGAACGGAAUGCAGCGGCCGCGGCGAGGGGCGCGGGCGGGGGCUACUGCUGCCGCGACGACGCUCGGUGCUGUCCGCCCGCCAGUCAGCCGCGCGCCACCGGUACGAGUGUUGUUCCAGCGCGGCGUCAUCACAGUUUCUCAUCGUGCAGCGGAGUAUGCUUCAGCAGAUGUCCUCGCCGGCUGACGCGCAAUUCGGCGAGGUCACGACAGUCGCGCGCGCCUUCGAAGGCCGCCUCCUCGGCGACGUGUCCUCUGGCGCUUCUUCAGACACCGCCGAAGAUUUUGAAUUGCCCCACUGUAAGAUAAGAAGAAACUACAACUGUACAAAGUGCACGUUCUACACUCAAAAUCCACGCGCUUAUCUGGUACACACGCGUGACACUCAUUUCGUUAAGUUGAAGAUAUAUGAAUGUCCCCACUGCAUCUAUGCCUCGAGGCACAAUCAGAAACUCGUAAGACACGUUAAGAUGGUCCAUGAUGACUUACUUUUGCAAACGACCGCAAAAGUCGAUUUCGAGAUGCCCCAAACAAAUGGUGGCUAUGUUGAAAUUGAAUCGCAAGAACGGCAAGAUAGAAUGGAAGAUAUGCUAGAAGAGAUCGAGGAAAUCGACGAUAUACAGCUUGACAUGGAUGAGUGCACUGAUGAUAAGACUGACCGUUCUUGCGAAAUAGAAUUUGAAGAAGAACGAUUUAGAGGCGACACUCCGUUGAAAGGCAAGGAUAAACUUUUCUCCUGCGAUAAGUGUAACUAUGUGACACAUUUACGAGCGCGAUUCACUAAGCACGUCAAAUAUCAUUCGAUGCCCAUGAUCAAAUGCAUAGUUUGCGACUUUAGAACACCGUACAAAUGGAACUUAGACCGUCACAUGAAAAAUCACGGUGGUAUCGGAAGUUUUAAAUGUUCAAUGUGCAACUUUACUGCGGAUAUAAAGCAGAGUUUGACUGUACAUGAAAUGAAUCACCACACGCCACAGGCGGGCCACUCGCACGUCAAUCGUCGUCGCAAUCGGGUGGGCGCCAGUGACGCAGCACAAGCGGACGAAGCGAGUUUGCUUCUCAUAAAGGAAGAGGAAGGGAGCGGCGAUUCACGAUCCUCACACUCCGCUUCGGAAAUGGGAUUACAGAAUAUGGAGAAGGACCUCUCCUGUAACAGUGAUUCAAACGACACCUCCGAAGCCCCAAACAAGAUCUCACAUUUUGUUCACAAUGAUCACAGUCAGCAGUCGCCGAGCAGCGGCACAGACGACUCAAAGGGGCAAAAGAAUAAAAGAACUCCUCGACCCCUGCCCCAACUCAUACCCCUAAACACGUCAACGCCCAAUCAAAACAAGACCACUAACAAUGAGCCGCCAGCCAAAAAAAUGAAAUUAUGCUCAGAUACCGAAACGCCCGACACUAUGAUCUGUAAUCCAGAAAGUCCUACAUACGACAAUUGCUUUACCAAUAAUACAUUUAUGAAGGAUACCGAGUGCCGAAAGAAAAACGAAUCAUUCUUUGACAAACUAAAAAAGCGACUCUUGACAGAAACCGGCGAGGAAGGAUCGCUUAUAUGCAAAAACUGUAGCUUUCAAAGUAAAUGUUUGUCAGAGCAUUCGGUACACGAAAAGAAUUGCAUACCAUUAGCGAGCAGAAGCAUGACAAACACGCUAAUGCCUAGUUCAGGUUCAACGCGUUGUCAGAACUGUAGACACAGAUGUAAAUCUAGUGCCGAUUUAUAUGUUCAUAUGCAGAGCUGUGGGAAAAGUGCUAAUUUAAAACAAAACGAAAUUUCUCAGGACCAGAAUUCGGCAAGCGACGCCGGUAAUAUAAAUCGUGAUAAAGACGUUGAACCGCAUCCAAUGGAGAACGUUGUUUUUGUUUGGAACAAUAUCGAGCCGAACGAGCCAAACAAGUUCGAAAUACCAUUGGACAUAAACAUAAAUGACGAUUCAACGCUUCCAGAUAUGACGCGAACCUACGAAAUUGAGUUAGUCGAUGAAAACGAAAGUAUGAACUUAUCGCCGAGUCAGGCGGCCGGUAAAAACGUGUUCAAAUGUCCUCAUUGUUCCUUCUGGGCCUCGACUGCGUCCAGAUUCCACGUCCACAUCGUAGGACAUUUAAAUAAAAAACCAUUCGAGUGCUCUAUCUGCAAAUAUAAAUCGAACUGGCGGUGGGACAUAACGAAGCAUAUCAAAUUAAAAUCCGUUAGAGAUCCAGAUCACAACGAUGCCAAAGUAUUGAUGACCGAUGAAACGGGCAGAAGGAAUUACAGCAAGUACACAAAAUUCUUAGCCAUACCUGUGCCUAAUGAAAAUGGAAAAACUGAAUUUCGCUAUCUCGACCCUAACACUUACGUUGACGACACUAUGGAUGUCGACGACCCCGCCGACGAAUUCAACGAUACCAACACAAUAUACGAUAUGCAACCGUUAAACCUCCAAACUAAGCACUUUGAAUUCCAAACAUCACUUGAGUCCAUCGCAAAUCAAGAUAAGAAAGUAAUAAAAAGGACACUCUGGAAGUGUAAAAAAUGCAAUUACAAAGAUCCAUCAAAGGAUGCGUUAUUAGAGCACGUCCGUGAACACGCUAAGGUGGAAGGUGCGAGUGAUGAGGUACGAAAUAAGAAACCAGAAAGUUCUAUAGAUCCGGCAGACUUGGCAUAUCGUUGUGGGCACUGCCACCAGCUAUCGAAUUGGAAACACGUAAUACAGCGUCACUGUCGCUUGAAGCAUAACGGCGUUAUAAAAGUCAUAACAACGGUCAAACAGAAGCCAGAACUGAACAGUGCCGUUGGAUCGUUAACAAUCGACGACAUCACAUCUGACUUUUGUACCAAAUGUCCAUUCAAAUCGAACGACAAACAAGCACUCUUUAUUCAUUUACAACAACACCAACCGUCAACAAACUCCGUAUUUAAGUGCUACUUUUGUCCAUUUUUUGUGAAAAACGAAAGUGAAUUGAUACAACAUUUACAUGUUCACGGCGUGGAAGAUCCAGAAGAUUUUAUCUCUAAGGCCAGGGGAUGCAGAUCGCCAUUGCCAGACUUAGCCUCUGCCUUAACGCCCCAAGGUGCUUCGACUAAACGACAUAGAUGUUCAGAAUGUCCAUAUGAGACAAAUAGCAAAUCGCAGUAUAUGUAUCACGAACAAUUUCACCGGUUACCUGCAGAUACUCCUUAUAAAUGCCCUGAAUGUAACUAUAGCGUUUCGAAACGGCAUUUGCUUCAUCAGCACUUACGAGUGCAUGGAAUUCAUCCAAAGAAAAAUGAGAGCGAAGCGGAACUAGAACUAAUGUUAAGGGCCGAUGAUAUUUCCGAUGCAGCCUCAAAUUCGUUCAAUGAAAUUCCGUUUGUUUGGGUGUCGGCUAAAAACGAGUUCCACAAAAUGUACAAAUGUCGUUAUUGUUCGUAUGUAAAUUCGCAAAAAUGCAAAAUCCCAAUACACGAGAAAAUUCAUUGCCUCGUUUUCGAAAACGACGCAUCCGUUUACUACAAAUGUUCCGAAUGUAAGUUUACUUUUGACAAUGCGGUAAAAUUGGCCGAGCAUUCCAAAUCACACGGUGACUUAUACGGACGGAUUUAUUGCCCCGUCGCGGACGACAUUCCUGACGAUGAACAAGUGGCCAAAUUACGUAAGGUCAUUGAACUUGAAAAAUUGGGAAAUAAUGAUUCGUCGCCCCCUCAUGAGGAUGGUGAAAGCAAAGAAAUCAAAACUUUGUAUUUCUGUCAACUGUGUCCUGCACGUUAUUUUACGGAUACCGAACUACAAGUUCACGAUAAAAAUCAUAAUUCAAACCUCUCCGUCAAAUGUAAAAACUGCAACUUCGCGGUAUCAGAAGAAAGUGAAUUGGUUUUACAUGCCGUAGUUCAUUCUGAUGAGUACCACACGAAAACCAGAAUGCUUAAAUUCGCUCACAAUUCUCAUCCCGCCCACAGGCCGCCUUGUUUGGAGUCUAUUCGCACCGAAAGUGGCGUUGAAAUUUGGGUGAUCAAUCACAAUAAAAAAAAUGAAAUUGUAGAACUAAACAACAAGAAAUCCCAAGAAGUCAAACAUACACCUAAACAAUAUAAUUGUAAAGAAUGUCCCGCCAAAUUCUUUAAAGGUUCUGCUCUGAACUACCACAUGGGCUUACACGGCGGCGAAGGCGAAUAUAAAUGUAAAAGUUGUAGUUAUGCUGUCAAAAACAUUGGCAAUUUGGCAAAACACGAAGCAUUACAUGAAAAAGAAAAUAAAAAUUCCAAUGGCGAUUAUGAAUCAGGGGAAGACGCGGAUUACAAAAACAUUCCAAUUUCAGGAACAGACUUAUUCCAGAGAAAGACCGAAGCGCAGAAAAGAGUACUCACCGAUAAAGAUAAAUUAGUUAAACCCAACGAUCACUUUCCACCCGUGCUUCAAGCCGAUCCACAAUUUGGAUUCUUGAUGCAUGGUAAUCCAGAAUUCAUAUAUCCAACUUAUCUUAAAAACGGACGUCAGAAAGAAAAACGAUACAAAUGCCAUAAAUGUCCGUCUGCGUUUGAAAAAAGGGAACAAUAUAAAAUACAUUUAUCUUUACAUGGCUCAAAACAGAGGUACAAGUGUGAACUUUGCGACUACUCCGUUAAAUAUUAUGCAAAUUAUGUCCAACACAUGCGGAAACAUCAAAUGAACGAUGAAGCACAAGCCGAGAGAAAGAAGGGCGGUUGUGAUUUCGUCGAAACUGAAAUACAAGAUUCAGAUAAUUUGAAAGGUCCGGAAUGUGCGGAUAACCUUAAACUGGCAGUCAAAACAAUUCCAAAAGGAAUGCCUAAAACGGACUUCCAACAAUUUUCAUAUAGAGAUCAACAAACACUACGCUUAUUACAACGUAGGCGAUCAAUGUCUUCUAUUAACAAAGAUGCAAGUGCAACUGAAUCUACAAAUAAGCGUAAAUUGCACUCGUGCCUUCUGUGUCCUUACACUAACCAUCGCCAGGACGCUUUAAAUAACCAUUACAAAAGACAUGACGAUACGGACCUCGUUAACGUUGCAAAUUCGGCAAAUCAUAAAUGUAAUUAUUGCGAUUUGAUAGUCCUACAAUCACAUUUCUUGAAAGAACAUUUAAAAACACACUUUAACUAUCAGAAAGCGUUGACUCCUGAAUGUUUUGUUGCAAGUGAAGACGUCAAUUUUACAAUCACUAAAAUCGACAAUGAAAGUCAGCCGUACGAUCUCAGAUUAGAAAUUCAAAAUAAGGAUUUGACAUGCAACACUGAUAAAAUAUUUGUCAACAUUAAAACUGGUGAAUUAUUGGUUUAAUAAUUUCUAAUAGUUUUUCUUGUGUUUAUGGUCAAGUGAAAUAUGGUAUGGAAACCAAAUAAUUGCUUUUUAAAUAAAAUGUCCUAAUCAUUAUUAGAUACUUGCCAUAUUAGAUUAGCAAUUUGAUUUUAAAUCUUUGUGCUAAAAUUAAACUCAAUUACUGAAAUUUGGAAGGUCACAAAGAUAGUAUAUUUUUAGAUACAUGUAAACUUUGGCAAAUACUAUACCAUGAAAGCAGUGCAAAUAUAUGUAAAAUGGGUGACACUGCUAUUAAAAACAUGAUAACAUUUAAACAGUGGAAUAUAGUAUAAAUUAUAGUUAGUUUUGAACAUUAUUGUAUCUCAACAGAUUGAUAGCUGCAAUUACUUAUUGUAUAAAUACUUUAUAUUAAUUAUUGUACCUGUUGCUGCUUGCAUUCAUUAUUCAAUUGCUAAAUAAUUUUAGUUUAAGAAACUGAUGUUAAAUUCGUCAAGUUUGUCUUCAUUUAUAAUACAAAAUAUUUAUGUAUAAUUAGUUGAAUACCAUGCAAUGAUAUAAUUGGUCGUUUCUAACUGAUUAAACUGUUAUUAAUCCAAAUACAUCCUUUAAGGAUAUGUAAUUUAGAAAAUAAAGGUAAUCACACAUAAAUUGUGAUGCAUAUGAAA